CCUCCCUCCCCCCGGCCACAUCCACGGGCAUAUUCUCGGCUCCGUCUCUAUAUAUAGGCCAUUUCCAUUCAUACGUUUUCUCUCGUCUCCGUUCACGAUCGAUCGAUCCGCAUCGCCGUCGCCCUCGAUCGCCUUCCCUUCCGCCCCUCUCUCCCACACAGACUCCCACGGCCUCUGGAACCUGCUUCUUCUUCCUCGUCGUCGCAGUCUUCUUCUUGUUGUUGUUUGGUGUGGAGAGAUCGACCGGAUGACUGGCUGCAGCGGCAACGGCAACGGCAACUCGCCCGCCUCGGCCAUGGGGCAUCAGACGGUCACUGAGAAGAAGUUCGGAGGAAUUGCACCAAAGAAGCCUCUGAUUUCAAAGGACCAUGAGCGCGCCUACUUCGACUCCGCGGACUGGGUCCUCGGCAAGCAAGCUGCAAGCAACAACGCACAGGCGGCGGCAAUCGAAUCCUUGAAGCCAAAGCUAAAGAGGACGCCCCAUCACCAGCUCCCCCCUCGCAAGCCGGCCUGCGCGUCCGGCUGAUCGACCGCGAUGAUGCGACAAGGGAUCACCAGAGGGAGCCGGAGCGGUCGCAUGAGACGACGAAGCUGGUGAUUUAGCUGGUGGCAUAUGUUAGGAGUCGAUCGAGUCAGGGUUUGAGAUCUGCAGUUAGACCCUUUUGGUUCUAGCAGCCUAAGAUUGUCACAGUAGGGCUAGUAGCAUACUCCUACAGUGUUAUGGCUUCAGCUUGAGAUGUUUGGUUUUCAGUA